CGUAGAAUCUAGAGUUUGACUACCUUGCCUGUGGAGGUCAUUGGUGAGAUAUUGUCUCGUCUAGGAAUUGCUCGAUAUGUGGUCAGAGCUUCUCUAACUUGUCGGAAGUGGCGUGAAGCUUUCCGGAAGCACCUUCAUACACUUUCGUUUAAUGUUGCUGAUGAUAAGCCUGUCUACAGUUGCUACUGCUAACUUGGAAGUGUUGAUCGCGAAGACCUUAUUUCAAACAACUGGUUUGCGAAAACUAACUAUUUUGAUGAACAAAAAGCACAAGUUUUCUUCUGGUUCAGUUGUGGGUUGGUUAUUUUUCGUGCGGGAAACUUUGUUGGAGUUGUUUUAUAAGAUAAUGAGGUUGAACCGAAUUUCCAAAGAUUCCCUUGCUUGACAUCACUUUCUCUAAGACGUGUAUGCAUUUUUGUGGAGGAUCUAAACUCACUUCUUUCGGCUCUUCCCAAGCUAGAGCGCUUGGAACUUAGUAAACUCAUUCUACGGGGUAUAAAUGAUGAGGUUGAUCCAGAAGAUAUAACAAUCAAAUUGUGUUGUUCAACGUUCAAGUCUCUUAUUCUCAGUGAUUUUGAACAAGAAGAGUUUAUUGGGGAAACUAUCUAUUUUGAUGAACAACAAGCACAAGUUCUCAGCUGGUUCAGUUUUGGGUUGGUUAUUUUUCCUCCGGGAAACUUUGUUGGAGUUGUUUUACAAGGUUAGCACUUCUCCUAGCAUUAAUGUUCUUGAUAUAUGUGGAAGGCAGAGACUUCAAACCUUGAGUUUGUGUGAAUACACAAUUAAUGGGGUUGAACCGAACUUCCAAAGAUUCCCUUGCUUGACAUCACUUUCUCUAAAGCGUGUAUCCAUUUCUGCGGAGGAUCUAAACUCACUUCUUUUGGCUUUUCCCAAACUGGAGCGCUUGGAGCUUAGUAAUCCCAUCAUACGGACUAUAGAUGAUGCGGUUGAUUCAGUAGAUAUAACGAUCAAAUUGCAUUGUCCUACAUUCAAGUCUCUUGUUCUUAAGAACGUUGAACAAUCAAAGUUUAUUUUGGAGAAUGGUUGUAUUGAGUGUGUGGAUGUGAAUCACUGCUAUUUUGGUUCAUUUAAGGUCCGUGGCAGCAAAAGUUUGACGCACUUCAAAUUUGUUCAGUCAGAGGCUCAGAUUCUAGAUAUUGAAGAGGGAGACAAGCUGGAGGUUUUAGAAUUUGUAGCCUCUCAUGUUAAUCACUCAAAUUUAUUUCCGAUGAAGAUACACACACCAAGGUUGAGAACAUUUCGAAUAUGGGGUUUUAGUGAGGCACCAGAUUGUGGUUUUGAAAUAGAUGAAGAAAGAUCAUAUAUAGCUGUGGAUUCUGAUCAAAUUUCUGCUUGUUCCCCACAGCUUAGACAUCUGGCAAUAUUUUUUGAAGGUGGUGAACGUUGUGAUCAUGCGUUUGGGGGAUUAUCUUACAUGGAGAAUGUGGUGCUUUUGGAGAUCGGAUGGGAUUCCUUUGACGGCUUCUGGGAAUUGGUAGAGAAGGUGCUGAAGUAUUGUCCAAAUGUUAGGAAGUUGGUUGUCCAUGGGAUGGUUCCAAGAAGGCAAGAUGAAAAGUUUUUGGAGCUCUUUGGUCAACACACGACAUCAAUGGUUGAAACGAUGAGGAAGUAUCAACACAUUCAACUGCAGAUUCUGUACUCCUAUGAUUUUGAUUCCAGCAAUCCUCUUACAGACAGAUGGCUUCUUCUGUGAAUGGGCAGAGAGGGUGUUCAAGUGUUGUCGAAAUGUCGCGAAGUUGAUUCUCCUCCCAAAGAGGCUCUUGUUCUUUGCCCUUUCGGAGCAUUUGAAGGACAUCGGCCAUCACGGGUCAUCCGGUUGCUCAAGUUCUGUUUGCUCGUAGAGGGCCAUUCUGGUCAUCUCAGUUUGUGGAAACCUCUGUGUUCUUUUUUUUUUAUCUUUGAUUUUCUAGCAUCGUAAUCUAAUCG